AACAAAAAAGUUUGAGGUGCUAUUUUGCAAAUUAUACUUUUUGGCGGGCCUUUUCAAGUGAAAGGCUACAGGGAUCGUCCAGACGCAGACAGCCACCAGCCCAGCAGUAAUGUCUCAGAGCAACAGGUUCUUGUGCACGAACGGCGUCGUAUCACCGUCACCAGACACUCCACCAGUCACAACCUUACUCGAAGCACACCCUGGUGCAUAUACGACUACUCGUACUCAUAAUAACGGUUCAGAACUCCUGUUCUGGGGUAGACAUUUAACCAGAUUGUCGAAUUCUACAAAAAUAUUAUUAACUACCCGCCCUAAACUUCUGUUUGAAAAUCCAGACAAAAAUGGGGCUCCGUUUUUGGGAUUUUUGACGCGAUCAGUGAAGUGGGAUUCAGUUAUUGAGGCUUUAGUUAAUGAUUCGAUUAGAAAAUUAUUUCCCACUGCGUUGAAAGAGAGGAAAUGCGAGGAGGAGUUGGCGGUUACGGCACUUGUGAGUGGGAAUUUGGAGAAAUUGAGUAAUUCUGGUGGUGAGUUUGAUGAAGAAAGUAUAAGCGAGUUUUUGGAUGUAUAUUUGCACAUAGCUGGGUAUGAUCCGCCACUCUAUGGCAUUCGAGGAAAUGGGGCACAUUUGGCUGUUGUGGGGCCUGGAAGGGAUGUUGCUAAUGCAAAGUAUUCGGAUUGGGUCAGGCUAAGGAAGAGUUUGGAGAAGCUGAGACCACCUUCUAUUACUGAACUUCUAUUAUCAAAUGAUGGUGAUCGAAUUUUGGAAGGCUGUUUGACUAAUUUUUUUGUUAUUUGUCUGAAGGACAACAAUGAAGACAAUAAUUUUGCUGAGAAGAAAGGCUUGCAAACAUUUAGAUCUGUUGAGAUUCAGACAGCUCCUGUCGCCGAUGGCAUUCUUCCUGGAGUUAUACGCCAAGUAAUCACUCAAAUAUGCUUGCAAAUUGGAAUCCCUCUUCGAGAAGUUGCACCAUCAUGGUCACAGCGUGAGUUGUGGGUGGAAGCAUUCAUCACUAAUAGCCUUAGGGUGCUACAGCAUGUUGAUACAAUCCAAGUUCCAGACUCAUGGGAAUCAGUGGAAUCAAAAACAUGGAAGGAGAUAACAUGGGUUGAGAAACGAUUUGAGGCUGAGCCAGGAAGGAUCACAUCAAUCAUCCAGAGGGAGAUCAUGGAAAGAGCAGGAAUUGAAACAUUUCCAGUAACUUCACUUAACUUGUAACCUCGUGCAUAUUCUCUGUUGGCUGUCAAAGUGAAGACGUGUUGUACCUCACCUAGAGAAGAACAAGACAAGCACUCUGAACGAGCGAAGGCCCCAUAUGCACCGUGUUGGCACUUCCGUGAAGUUCAGUUGAUUUAAUGGCUUUGGUAAUGUCUGUGAGCCCAAAUUAUUAGGCGGAUGGCUUUUCGUUUCUCUUGUGAAUGGUUGCUCUUUAAUUAUGAAAUUCGGUUGGAACUUGCCAAACCAUGUAUAGUGUGAAAGUGUGUGUUUGAGGCCUAUAUCAUCAUCCUCAUAUUAUUACAUAUAGAGGAGCAGUGUAAAUUGAUUUGUUUAGAGGACGCAGUUAAUCUGAAACGUAGAAUUUUGAUGCAGAUAAUAUAGGAUAAAGUUAAGUGAGAAUUCAUUUAAU